AUGUCUGUCCGACGAGCGCUGGCGCCACGCUCAAUUCAUCUGCGCAUUGUCCCCCGCCCGGCCAAUCUGUCAGAGAGCCGUGAGAUCUUCCGCGUCUUGCAGCGCUUCGGCGAGAUUAGCACCUUCAAGUAUCUGCGUUAUGAAUACCAGAACCCCGCCGACAACGUCGCUCUUGCCAUCUACAGCGACCAGGCAUCCGCCCAGCGCGCCCUCGACGCCUCGCCCAUCCGCUUUGCCCUUGAAAAGGUCAUUAGCCCGGAAUCCGAAACGAACACACCCGUGACCCCCACCGAAGACGAAGACGAAGACAUCAUAUCGACGACCUCGCAAACACCUCCCAAACAAGGCAUCGACGAGAUCCUACGCCCGUCAAAGCUCCUAAACCGCACUUCAACCACGACACGCAACACCAAGCCCGCCCCGACACCCCCACCCAUGCCUUUUGAGCCCCUCUCCCCCCGCAUACAAAAGAAGUCGACAAAAUGGUUCCAAGUCACAAUCGACCGCUCGCGCGCCGUGCACCAGGACUAUAUUGAACGUCAGCCCUUUUGGAAACAGUUUCACCCCAUGAAGAGCAUGGCACAGCUGGAUCUGGCAAAGUCUGUGCCGCACAUUGGGUUGAGCGAUGUGAGCAAGCGGCCGCCGAAUGCGCACCGGACGCCCAAUCGGGUGCUGAAGACGAUGAAUGAAUAUGUGCAGACGAGGAUGCCUACUUUGAGGCAGAUUGUUGAGGGUGGGGAGAGGGAGAGGCAGUUUGUGGAGAGGCGGGCUGGGAGAAGUUAA